UGGGUACUAGUAGUUACAUGUAUUAAGCAACAAUCGCGCUGGAUUCGGAGACUUCCUACUCUCGGGGCCGUGAGGCCAAUCUGCCGUGGCGAUUUGGGCAUUUUCCCCGGGAAGUUCGGCCAAUCGGCCCCACCCCCGCCGCGGCCGGAGACGCCGAUGUCAGCUGCGGCCCAACUCCACUUCCCUCGAUGGUAA